AUGCGCCGGCCGGCCGUUUACCUCGGCCACGAUCCGGCCGACGGACUGCCGAAGUACUACACCUGGGGUGAGGUGCGAAAUGCUUGCCAAAGCUCCAUUUCCGCUCUAUCCCCGGGCAGGCUCUUCACUUUCGAGACUUGCGCGCCUACUGGUCAUGUCCGCGGCUUCCAAGAGCUGCCACCGGAAGAUCAGACUGGCCAACGAAAGUUGGAUGGGGUUUUGACGAUCAAAGACGUCGUUUCUCGUCUUGGACAUGACAUCUGGGGCCUACAGCUCGGUCCCGUCUUCUUGACGGAGGCGUGCAAAACGUUGACCAUCGCAGAUUACGAGUCAUGGAUGGGUGUCUUCCAAUGGAGUUGGGCUUCCAAACGGUUUCAACUUCUCACCAGCACUCGCAUUGUGCAGGAAGAUACCGGACAUUUCAGAGAGAUUCGACAGUGUAAAACUAAGUUUAUCAAGCGCACUGCCUCUGCGAAGAAAUCAGAUGUUACCGUUGGGAAGGAAGCCGUCAUCGCUGACGAUGGGUCAGAUGGGGAGGAUGAGGAGACGGCUAGGCCGACUGGCCGCCUCGUGGAGGGUGCUGUAUUACAGAAGAAAGAUAACCACUUUGUGGUAUGGGUCGUUGGCUUCGGCCUUUGCAAAUCUGACGUUCGGGCCGGAUCGGAGGUGCCUCGGCAGAAGCUGAUGUCAGGCGACUUCGUCCAGGGAUAUCUUAGGGAUGAUCUGCCUGAUAGCUUCCUUGACAACUGGACGCUCAUCGCUCCGCCACCGGAUCUUUCGUGGAGGGUCAUAAGAUCUGGGAGAGGCGAUAUUUCGGUUCAAUGUCAACUUACGACGCGCACACGCGAUCUGCACAUUGGCAAGGCGGUUUUUCGAUACUCUAGUGACUUCGCGGACGUCUACGAUAUUCAUAACAGGAUCAGCGCAACUCAACAACUUCCUGUUAAUGUGCUGAUGGGCUGGCUGGAAGAGCGCUCUCGAUUCUACGUCAAGGAGAUGGUCACACCGAAGCCGUUGGUGGAAGGGCAGAAGGCAACACACGACCUAGAAGAGGUGGAAAUUGAGGAACUCCCGCUGGUGGAUAUCAAUCAGAAUGGAGAGGAAGACGCUAAUGAGGUGGUCGACACGAAUAUUAACGCCUACGUCGUUCUCAUCUAUCCGAACGACCAUUACGGAUUGUACAGCAUCUCCAAACCGGGCGGCAUCCUGUUACACGCUCCAACUAAAGCUGGCGGCCGCAUGAAGCUCGGCACGCGUGUCAUCGUUGACUGUGUCAAUCGCGAUGCGAAAGUCCAUCGAGACGCUUUCAAUUCGGUGGAUUAUGACUUCUACCCGAAUUGCGCCACCAAACUCAUGAAGCCCGGGAAGAAACUGCAGAACUGCAACCUUCACGGCGAUAGAACUAAGGGAGAUGGUGCUGGUGUGAGGACCGGUCGGCUUAUGCUGAUCGCCGAUCUUCGUUACGACGUUAACACGGGGGUUUACACGCACAGCGACGCCAAUUCGGACAAGCCGAAGCUUCGCGUCAAAGACAGCAUGAAGCUGGUUCAGACGCCACGUUAUGAUUGUAUCUACACGUGCAAGAUCUACUGCGACUAUAAAGCCACGAAAUUACGCGACGACUUCUUCAGUACUGGACCUGAAUGGACCAUAUUGGAAUUGAGAAAGUCUACAGCGCCCAACGCCAAUCUUCCGGCUGCACCCAUCAUAACGGACCUGGCGCCGCUAGAUGUUCUGCACUCACGCGAGAGCAUCCAGAAGGCCCCCUUUUCGUCUGUCGUCGUCCGUGGCUGCGUGGUCCAGAAGCCAGUUGUCGUCAGCCAUCGACUCUGCAGCGCCCCUGCCACGGUGCCCCCUGCUCCAACACCCGUAGCUAAGAAUGUCGCCCCCGCUAUUGGCGCCGAGAUUGCGCCUACUGACAACGCCAAAGUGCCAAGGUCAUCCGAUGACCGCCUGCCCGAAAUCCCGAAUAGCCAUCACCGAGACGGUUGGUACUACGGCUUCGCGUACAUCGACUCUUACAAGCCUAACCCCGAAACGAAGACUCCAAAGCGUUCGUUAAAAGUUCGCACAAUGUUCGGGGAGGUCUAUCAGGCGAUUUGCGACAGCGACCAGUGGAACGCCGUCCGCGGACGAUGGGUUGAGUUCCAGUUGAAGGAAUUCGAACACGGCAGGAAGGGUGACAACAUUCGCACGCUGUCUGAAGCUAAGCAACGUCUUUUCCCUACGCUUUCGGUCCCGAAGAGUGGAGUCGGCCUGACGAUGCAACUCCCCGGCGUUUACACGGGCUCUGACGGUGGAAAGCCCACGUUCCGCACCAAUUUUUCGGGUGCCGAGCUGAUCCGCGGCUCAGAAGCGCAGCAAACGAUCUACACGCAGGAUUCUAUCUACACCCUGAAUCUGAUCUUCGUCGUUCAGUCGCGCCGUUUCGAACUGGUCACUUCGAGUUACGUCCGAAAGGUCGUUGAGGAGGACGAAGGUGACGUGCGCUGGGGAGACGGAGCCUACAGCGUCUCCGGCGAUUCCGAAACCGAUGGUGAUAGCGAUAUUGAUGAUGCGUCCCGCGUGGAAAAUGUGAUGAAGGCGUCCGACGCUGCAUCCGACGAAUCUGACGCCGAUCCGGACGAUCUCAAGCAUAUCGAAGCGUAUCUGAAGGCGGCGAAAUCGGUCGACCAGAAAACUUCGGUUGUCGAUGCCUCCGUGCUUGACGGUUUGGCAGAAGCGUUCCACGUGUUUGUCAACGAUCCAGUUCUGUACGAAGAGAUCGAGCUCCUCUUGAAGGGCAACCCCUUGCUCGUGGCAAUUCGACGCAUGAAGAAACUCGUCCCUAUUAAC